AUGGGAUGUCUUGUCCCCACACAGCUGCUGCUGCUGCUGAUGCUGCUGAUGUUACUCCAGCUGCCGGGGCACCUGGGACAGGUCACUCCAUCUCUGCCCACUCCUGGACCGUCCGGCUCCCCGCCGCCCACCUCCCCCAUGUCCUCCAACGCCACAGGGGACGACGGUGCGGUCGAGACCGGGCUGCCCUCGAACGCCACGGCCGGUCCGAGCCUGGUCCCCAGCACCGGGGGUGAGGAGGUGGCGGCGACUACGGAGGCGGUGACGACGACGACGGAGGCGGUGGAGGACUGGACUCCGGCCGAGGCGUACCUGUACAGCGGCGACGCCGCCGCUCUGUCCCUGGCCGCCUGCCCGCGGGCGUACCGCCUGACCCCUCCGCGCGGCCGGCCGCCCCCGGACCUGGGCCCCCUGCUGCGGCCCGUCACCACGUCGCUGGCCAACGCCGCCAACUUCCUCAACCUGAUCUUCCAGGCCAGCGAGCUGCGCGAGACCAGCAUCCGCGAGGACCUGGAGUGGUACCACGCGCUGGUGCGCUCGCUGCUGGAGGGCGACCGGCCGGGCCUGGUGCGCCGCGCCCUGCUCACCUUCGACGCCGACCCGCUCUCCAUGCGGCCCCAGCUGGUCCUCCGCGCCUCCCAGGGGCCCCUGGGCCUCCGCAGCGCCGGCGCCGGUCCUGGUGGUAGCGGCGGUGGCGGUCGCCCCCCUUUCGUCCCCUCCGGCCCGCUGCGGGAGAUCCACCUGCAGGACUUCACCUCCACCUGGGACGGGCUCCACCCGCCGGCCCCGGCGCCCGACGACAGCUGGUUCACGGCGCUCAAGUUCGCCGGCGCGCCGCAGGUGCUCGCCAGCCUCAGCAAGCGGGCGCUGGUCAACGACCUGUCCACCCUGGAGACGCCCAAGUGGGCGCGCGGCGACAGCUACGUGGCCAACAGCAGCGGCACGCGCUGGGCCGACGCCGCCUUCCUGGAGUGCGAGGACGGCCGCUUCCUGCCCGGCUGGCUGCUGACCCUCACCAUGCCCUUUUAUGGCCUCAAGCCCGACCUCAGCCCCGAGUUCAGAGGUGUAAUUCGUGUGGACGUCAACGUUCAGGGCUACGAUAUCGACCAGUGUGCCACGGGGGACGUGUGGUUCGCCGACACCCACCAGUGUAACCGUACCAGCAUGGCGUGUGAGCCCAUACCUGGUCAGGGGUUCCGGCUGGGCCAGUACUGCUGCCGCUGUAAAGACGGGUACUACAGCCCUGCCCAGGCCACAGGUGGCCGUGCCAACGGUACCCGCGCCUGCUACCCCUCGGUGCCCGUGUGCCUGCCCUGCUGGCCGGGCUGCGCGCGCUGCGAGGACGGCUCUGCGUGCCGGGUGCGGGAGGACUGGCUGCUGCGGGCGGCCGUGCUCACGGUGCAGGGCCUCUUCAUGGUGCUGGUCUUCCUCAGCAUGCUCAUCACCUACCAGCACCGCGGGACCAAGAGGAUACGUGCGUCGGGUCUCCUGCUGUUGGAGACGAUCCUGUUUGGGUCCCUGCUGCUCUAUUUCCCAGUCUUCAUCCUGUUCUUCAGGCCCAGCACGUUCCGCUGUAUCCUGCUGCGGUGGGUCCGACUGCUGGGCUUCGCUAUCGUUUACGGCACCAUGACCCUCAAGAUGUACAGGGUUCUGAAGGUGUUCCUGUCGCGCACAGCCCAGAGGGUGCCUUACAUGUCCAGCACCAGCCUGCUGAGACUGCUGGGAAUCAUGGUGGCCACCGUCAGCUGGUUCUUGUGCGCGUGGACCGCCGGCGUCCUGCAGAACCGCGACCGCAACAUCCCGCUCCUGGUCACCUCCACCACGUCGAAUGGCCAGGCCUUUAGCCAGUGUGACAUUGACCGCUGGGACUAUAUGAUGGCGUUGGCGGAGCGUCUGUUCCUCUGCUGGAGCCUCUUCCUGUGCAGCGCGGUGAAGCCGGUGCCCUCGGCCUUCCACGAGCCCCGCUACAUGAGCAUCGCCAUCCACAACGAGAUGAUCCUGUCCUGCAUGUUUCAUCUCCUCCGGUUUUCCAAUCACAGUCUCCACCCGGACUGGACCCUACUGCUCGAGUUCACUCACACUCACGCCACCAUCACUGUGACACUGGGACUGCUCUUCGUUCCAAAGUUCCUACAUGUGACCAAACCGGGGCGGGAGGUGAUAGCAGCGGAGGUGUACGAGGACGAGGUGGACCUUCGACGUUCCUACCUCAACAGCAGCUUUGUUUCCGCCUGGAGUGACCACGUGGAGCAUGAGGACAUCCGGGACGAGCUGAAAAAGUUGUACUCUCAGCUGGAAAUCCACAAGACCAAAAAGAUGGCCAACAACAACCCCCACAUUUCUAAGAAGCGAAGCUCGCGCCUGGGGAUCGGGCGCUCCAUCAUGAAGCGCAUCGACGACUUCACGGGGACGAUAUCGCGGCAGCACAGCCGAGAGGAUAGAAGCGGAACGCAUUCUCCGUCGCCGAGCCUGUUUUCUGCCAGCUCUAAGAAGCCCAGUGAAAUCACCUACAUCACCUACAAUGAGGAUAACUCCAAAGAGCCAUCGCCACACAUGGGGCUCAAGUCCCAGUCAGCAGACAACGCUUCAAGAAGAACUUCACUAGUUGGGUCGUUAACACCAAUAUUAGUGGACAAGAGGGCCUCCCAGUACUCACAACAUUCCCAACAUUCCCAAUACUCCCAGCACUCGCAGUAUUCACAGCACUCGCAAGCGGAUUCUCUGGACGCGUCGCCAAUGGUCUGCAAGUCGGCGAGUGCCCACAAUCUUUCUGUUGACAAAAACUUCCUUCAUCCCGACGACAGCAGGCAGAAGAAGUCACUGAGUGCCGUGGUGACCAGCACGGACUAUUACUCCCUGAUGGAAGAAGCCGCGCAGAGUGCCGCCACGACCCCAGAGCUAAAGCACGUCGGCAGCAUAAAGGAGCAGACGUCGCAGGCCCUUCUUGCGGAGUCGUUUGACAAAGCUGAAGUCUGCCCAUGGGAAGUUGAGGAGGAGAGGCGACCGAGCAAGAAGCACGUUACGAUCAAUAUAGCAAACGAUAAGAACGAGGACGAAACGCCCGCCGAGAAGUCGCCCACCUUGAUCGUUUGCCCGUGGGAGAACGUUGAGCAGCUGCCUUCAGCCACGAAGCAAAAGAGCAUCGACAGCGUGGAUUCAGACGGUGACUCCAUCAGACUGAAAGCUCCGAUCUCCUCGAGCGCUCCAGUGUCACCAUCGGCAACAGGCAAGGAGAUUCGUGUCUUCUCGUUCCGCAACACCACCAAAAGCCUCCUCCUUGCUAGAGGCCUAUCGAGUGAUAAAACCAAACUCACUGCGACCCUCUCUGUAGAUGUGGCGAAGAAAACGCCACAGCUCCAGAAAAGGAGCAUGACAACAACAGACCUGAAACCAUCACUUGUGAAGCAGAAUGCAGUAAGACUUUCCUCCACUGACUCUGCAGACAGGAGCCCUAUGAGAAAGCCUAACCCUGAAGUUCUCGUCUGUCCCUGGGAGUCAGACUUGGAGCUAAGCGUCACCAAAGGUCCAGAGAGGAUCUAUGAGAAUGUAAUCACACCUCAGAGCAGUUUGAAGAGUGUGAGUUCCGAUGGAAGGGGCAGAGCCAUGCUUCCUGGCAGGCAGGUGACUGCGGCACCAUCAGAAGCUUCCCCGAAGGCCACUCUGCAAGUGCCACCCAGGAGGCAACAAAGCAUAAAGGUGGAUGUCUGUCCCUGGGAGGUGCCAGAGCCCCCAACUGUCGUGUGUCCUUGGGAUGCCCCUGAUGCCGCAGUACCUCAGGUUAGACAAGGUUCCCUCAAGUCAAAUACCGGGGUGCCAAAACCAACCGAGAGAGUGAUUUAUGUCAGCAGCGCCGGGGGGAUGGCACAGCCUGGUAGAGCACUAAAGGCACAGGAGUCAGUGGCUGCUAACGUGUGCCCGUGGGAGUCAGAUGAACCUGAGCAAAAGCAAGACAGCGCCAAGGCAAACGUGUGCCCCUGGGAAUCGGGCGAACCUGUGCAAAAGCAAGACAGCGUCAAAGCAAACGUGUGCCCCUGGGAAUCGGGCGAACCUGUGCAAAAGCAAGACAGCGCAAAGGCUAACGUGUGCCCGUGGGAAUCGGGCGAACCUGUGCAAAAGCAAGACAGCGCCAAAGCAAACGUGUGCCCCUGGGAGUCAGGUGAACCUGUGCAAAAGCAAGACAGCGCCAAGGCUAACGUGUGCCCCUGGGAGUCAGGUGAACCUGAGCAAAAGCAAGACAGCGCCAAGGCUAACGUGUGCCCGUGGGAGUCAGGAGGCGCCGAGGAAGGGAGGCCAGAUGACGGCACUGCUGCCGCCGGCGCCGCCGCCAGCCAAGAGAUCACGGAACAAAUUGCAGCACCGGCUGCGGAACAAGAAAAUAUCCAAUCUCCAACGCUCAGCUCCCAAGAGCUGGAGAGAUGCAACACGCCCCUGGAGCGACGAGACGCCCUGUGUCCGUGGGCCGCGGAGAGGUCGCCACACCACGACAACAACUCUGAUGUGUUCACCUGGGAGGAGAACAUUCCAGAAGAGGACGAGGACCUAGACGCUGAAUGUGCAGCAGAAGCAUUUGUCUUCCCGCCUGACUUGGACUAA